AUGCGGCUCUCUCCUUACGCUGUGGUAGUCUUGGGACUCGUGGGGGUUCUGCGCCAUGGCGGCGCCUCAGGUCUUCUUGAGCUCUCCUUGGGAAAAUUCAGGAAUGUGCUACUUAACCAGACCAAUCCAGUAGAAGCUGUAAUCAGGAACAUUGCAAGCAAUGUGACUGUCAUUAUUUUUCAAGUACAUGCCCAGCAGAGCGAUGUGGUGAUAUCCUUUGAUAAGAAUCCAUCUGUGAACAGCUCAGGAACUGGAGCAGAUAGAGGGCUAGUUUCCAUCCUUCGGCCUCAGCAAACUGUAUGUACGUGGUACCUUCGGUCGAUGGGUACUGGCCAGGUACUCAGCACAGCUGUCUCUAUUCCCUAUAUGGAGAAAGAUCCUAUUCCUGGAGGCUGCAAUCUAGAAUUUGACUUGGAAGUGGAUCCAAAUAUUUACCUAGACUAUACGUUGGUUGACAUACACAUCAAGUUUGCUCCUGCAAACUUGGGAUAUACCAGAGGAGGAAACCCACCAUCCUGCGAUUCAGGGACUGGUCAGGACUCCAGAUGGCGACUGCGCUAUGAUGUCUACCAGUACUUCUUACCAGAGAAUGAUCUUUCUGAGAUGGUACUCAUGAGCCAUAUACAGAAGAUGUCUGAGGUGCAAAGUAUCAGAGCCAAUGGUGUUAAAAUGCUCACACUGACAACUGAUGACAAGACCAAUGUCUACUUUUCUGCACUUCCUGGACAAGGUGUGAUCUACAACAUCAUAGUAUGGGAUCCUCAUUGGAAUACUUCUGCUGCAUACAUACCUGUGCAUACAUAUGCUUGCAGCUUUGUUGACCUAGCAGAUAACUGCUCUUCUCUCAGCAAACUCUCUACCAAAGUAUUUUUUACUGCUCUUGCUGUUCUGGGUCUCUUCACUUGCUUUUUUGGACACAGAUUCUGGAAAACAGACUUAUUCUUCAUGGGCUUCAUAUUCACAGCAUUCUUCUUCUUCAUAUUUAUUACGAGGGUAACUGGCCUGAGUUAUGAUGUGCGUCUUAUUUUGACAGCAGUAGCUGGAAUUAUUGGAGGGCUUUUCCUGGUUGCAAGCUGGUGGAGAUUUGGUUCUGUCCUACUCUGUAUGUAUGUUAUUGGACUUGUGCUGGGAUUUCUCUUUUCAUCGAUGGUCUUCUUUACUCCACUAGGAGACUACAGAGUCUUCCGUGAUGAUGUGGUGUUCUGGGUGACCUUUUCUUCUGUAGCCUUGCUGGUUCCAGUGCUUUUUGUUGGCUGCCCAAGAAUUCUGAACAUACUGGCCUCUGGAGUAGUAGGCUCUUACACAGUGGUCCUAGCUAUUGCUUGUUAUGUCUACACAAGUCUUGCUUACAUCACCUUAGACCUACUCAGAAGGAUCCUCAAUAAUUACUUCAGCAGAGCUUACACCAAUGUGCCUUUUCAAACAAAUGACUUCAUUAUCCUGUCAGUGUGGACAAUGCUGUCACUCAGUGGAGUAACUGUGCAGCUUCGCCGGGAGAGAAGCGAGGUGCCCUUCCCACUGCAGCCCUAUCUCACCUGGAAGCAGGAAAGGGAGCGCAGAAGCACUAAUGUCUUAGACCCUAGCCAUCAUAUCCCUCCCCUAAGAGAAAGGAUCCAUAACAAGCUACUGCAUAUCAAAGAGUUAUUUCAGAAAGAGCAGCCAGCUGAGGAGAGAACUCCGUUGCUUUUUUAA